UUCGGCGAGUGAUGGCGCAGCGCUGUCAGAGUUCGAGACAGGGAGAGUGAAGCGCGAGCUGCAAGCGGGAUCCAGGGCACGAGCGGAGAGCUUAGGCCGUCCGUUACUUUGCAAACCUUGGGCCGCACUGCAGGAGUAAUUGACCACCUUCUAAUAUUGAUCAUCAAACAGGCACGGAUUAUGCCAGCUGCUUGUGAUUCGUUAGUGGAAGACAUUGAAGAUAUUGUUUCAGCACAAGAUCCAACACCUCAUGAUCAACUGCUUGCAAGAAGGAGCAUUGUCCCACAUGUUAGAAAGAGAAAGAAGCACAAACAGGAUGAGGAGACAGAAGAUUUACAUGCUGAUAGGCACUCAGGGCCUGUCCGCGGCCUGAAGAAUGUAAAAAUAUCAGUGUGCACAUGCAGUCCGUUCCCGGCCUGCUCAUGCACAGCAAGUCCAACAUCUGUCGGGAACGAAAGUUCCUGGUCUUCAAGGUCAACAAGUGUUAUCCCUGGUACACAGAAGAUCUGGGUGAAGACCUGGGGCUGUUCACAUAACAAUUCAGAUGGAGAAUACAUGGCAGGCCAACUGGCUGUUUAUGGGUAUAAAAUUACAGAGAAUUCACUCGAAGCAGAUUUGUGGCUGUUAAAUAGUUGUACUGUGAAAAAUCCAGCUGAAGACCACUUUAGAAACUCAAUUAAGAAAGCUCAAGAACAAAAUAAAAAGGUGGUAGUUGCUGGAUGUGUUCCUCAAGCCCAACCACGGAUGGACUAUAUUAAAGGGUUGAGCAUUAUUGGGGUUCAGCAAAUAGAUCGUGUAGUUGAAGUCGUUGAAGAAACGAUUAAAGGUCACUCUGUAAGACUACUGGGUCAGAAAAAGGAUAAGGGAAAACGGUUGGGGGGUGCUCGACUAGAUUUGCCAAAGAUUAGGAAAAACCCACUGAUAGAAAUCAUUUCCAUCAACACUGGCUGCCUGAAUGCUUGCACAUACUGCAAAACCAAGCACGCAAGAGGAGACCUGGCUAGUUACUCGGUCGCAGAGCUAGUAGACAGAGCCAUCCAUUCUUUCCAAGAAGGCGUUUGUGAAAUAUGGCUGACUAGUGAAGACACAGGGGCUUAUGGAAGGGACAUUGGGACAGACCUUCCAACAUUGCUUUGGAAACUGGUGCAAGUGAUUCCUGAGGGAGCAAUGCUGAGGCUUGGUAUGACCAACCCUCCAUAUAUUUUAGAACAUCUAGAGGAAAUGGCAAAAAUCCUCCUUCACCCUAGGGUGUAUUCCUUCCUUCAUGUGCCAGUUCAGACUGGAUCUGAUACUGUUCUUAUGGACAUGAAAAGAGAGUACUGCAUAGCAGAUUUUAAACGGGUAGCAGACUUCUUGAAGGAACAGGUGCCAGGGAUUACAAUUGCCACAGACAUUAUCUGUGGCUUUCCUGGUGAGACAGAAGCGGACUUCCAAGAAACUGUGAAAUUAGUUCAGGAGUACAAAUUUCCAAGCCUGUUCAUCAAUCAGUUUUAUCCACGUCCAGGAACCCCAGCUGCCAAAAUGGAACAAGUCCCAGCCCAAAUGAAAAAGCAGAGAACCAGGGUGCUGUCCCAGCUAUUUCAGUCCUAUACCCCAUAUGAUCAUAAGAUUGGUGAGAGGCAGCAUGUUCUGAUAACAGAAGAAUCAUUUGAUGGCCAGUACUAUGUCGCCCACAACAAAUUUUAUGAGCAAGUUCUGGUGCCCAAGCAACUUGAACUUAUGGGAAAAAUGAUCGAGGUAGAUAUUUAUGAAGCAGGGAAACAUUUCAUGAAGGGAAAGCCAGCCCAAAAUGGAAAGAUCCACACUCCUUCAAUCGUCAAACCAUUACUAAAGGGUGAAGUAUCAGGGAUGACAGAGGAAAUCAAGACCCUGAAUGAGAAUGGCACAGCCCUUCCUGCACAUUACAGCAGUGAGAAGCCCUUCAGUGCAAGCCUGUUGCCUUGGAACCUGAAAGGCCCAAGAGUAAAGAUAGUGUCUGUUAGCCUGGCUGUGUUGGCAGUGAUAACAGCUGUAACUAUGGCGAUAUUCAGAUAGGUCCUUUGAUGUCAACUAAGCAACCUUCCACCUAAAAAGAGAUCUGAGAAAUAUGGUCUCAGUAUUUGCACACAAUACUGAGGACACUUGAAUGUGUGGUUGAACAUUGAAGACGAUCUUUUCAUUUUAUUUAAUUUUACCUUGUUUAAGGCAAAUUGGUAACAUUUUUACUUCUUUUACAUGUCUUCUUGCAAUACAAGAUCAUGCAGUCAUGUGUACCUUGUUUGCCAAUGAAAAGAGUAUUUUUAUUCACACUGUAAAAUCAUCUGUGUUCAUGUUUGAGAUUUUAAAUGUACAAGACUCAAUAAAAUAUCAGUGAUUUGCACAGUU